CACACAGACACGUCCUCCUCACGGAAGCCCUGUAGACUCCGCAAGGCACCAUCACGUUCACAUUGCCGUGCUUCUACUUACAGUACGACGUAACGUACUCAACGGUUUAAUCGUCUUCAAGGAGCCAAGGAUACAAGCACAUUUAGAACAUCUACAUCAAAUCGUGGAUCAUGUCGUCCGUCCUGCAGAAGCUCAUCACUCCUCUGGCCAGUGGUCCAUCUGAGCCACCCAGAAACAAGGUGACCGUGGUGGGUGUUGGUCAGGUGGGCAUGGCCUGUGCUGUUAGCAUCCUGCUUAGGGAGUUGGCCGAUGAGAUGGCACUUGUUGAUGUAAUGGAAGAUAAGCUGAAGGGAGAGAUGAUGGACCUGCAGCAUGGCAGUCUCUUCCUCAAGACACCCAAGAUUGUUGCUGACAAGGACUAUUCCGUGACCGCCAACUCCCGUAUUGUUGUGGUUACUGCUGGCGUGCGUCAGCAGGAGGGUGAGAGCAGGCUGAACUUGGUGCAAAGGAAUGUCAACAUCUUUAAACACAUCAUUCCUCAAAUCGUCAAAUACAGCCCCAACUGCAUCUUAAUUGUGGUGUCCAACCCAGUGGAUGUUCUGACCUAUGUGACCUGGAAGCUGAGUGGGCUGCCUAAGCACCGCGUCAUCGGCAGCGGCACCAACCUGGACUCCGCCCGAUUCCGCUACCUCAUGGCCGAGAAACUGGGCAUUCACUCCAGCAGCUUCAACGGCUGGAUCCUGGGAGAGCACGGAGAUUCCAGCGUGCCUGUGUGGAGCGGUGCUAAUGUGGCUGGAGUCAACCUCCAGAAGCUCAACCCUGACAUUGGCACUGAUAAGGACAGUGAGAACUGGAAGGAUGCCCACAAGAUGGUGGUGGAUAGUGCCUAUGAGGUGAUUAGGCUGAAGGGCUACACUAACUGGGCCAUCGGACUGAGUGUGGCUGACCUGACUGAGAGUCUGAUGAAGAACCUUAACAGGGUCCACCCAGUCUCCACCAUGGUGAAGGGCAUGUAUGGCAUCAAUGAGGAGGUGUACCUGAGUCUGCCCUGUGUGUUGAACAGCAGCGGUGUCGGUAGUGUGAUCAACAUGACCCUGACUGAUGAGGAGGUCUCUCAGCUCAAGAAGAGCGCUGACACUCUUUGGGGCAUCCAGAAGGACCUGAAGGAUGUGUAAAACCUUCCAUCCACAGAGAGUGUCUCUCACACUCCUAAUACACAGAGAGAACACGCUCCGUCACUCAACACACUCCCAAACAAUAUUCUCAUCACUCCACCUCUUCAGUCAAAUUUGAGGGGUUUUUUUUUUUGUUAAAUUUAUUUUUCACAAAUUUAUUAUUAAGGAUGUUUAUUUCAAUCCUGAUGUUCAAAAUCAAGUGAAUGAUCAAAUGAUAACGUCUUGACUCUGCACAUUUUUGCACCAACUCACUCCGUAUAGGGGAAACCCAGAAAUAAUCGAACACUCUCCUCUCCUCUCCUCUCACUCUUCCUCUUGAGUUGCAGCUCAGUGUUUAUGUGAUGGAGGAGAGAUAUCAUACUCUUUAGGCAGAGUAGUGUCAUUCCUAUUUUUGUUACCUUUGUCUUUUUUCUGUCAGGAUCAAAGGAGGGAGAGAAUAAGAGAGAUGAGCCAGAGAUGAGACAGUCAUAGAAAUAUCUAACUAAAAAAAAAAAAAGAAACUGUUAAUGUCAUUCAUACUGUUGAACGUGUUGUGAGCAAAAUACGGACAAUUAAGUUAAUAAACCCUUAACCAAACUUUA